AUGAAGCUUCACUCCGUCGUCCUCGCGCUCGCCGCCACAGCAGCACCAGCCGCUGGACUGUGCCCUGCCUAUGAAAGCUACGCCGCCCAGCGCAACCGGCCCCUUUCCCCCGGCAGACACGCGUUCCCUCUGCAGCGCCCGUCGCCGCACUGCCGCACCUACGUCGUCGCCGAGGUGGAGCAAACCAUCGACAAGGUCCGCGGCCACAUCAGGGACCCCGACCUGUACCGGCUGUUUGUCAAUGCCUGGCCCAACACCGUCGACACCACCGUGCUGUGGAAGGGCGUGGCGGCCGAGGAUGCCAACCAAGAAUUGGCCUUUAUCACCACGGGCGAUAUCCAUGCCAUGUGGCUUCGCGACAGCGCAAACCAGCUCCAGUCCUACAAACGCCUCCUCGCCUCCCCGUCCCACAACGCCACGGGCGACAUCGCCGCCCUCUACCGCGGAGCCAUCAACCUCCAGGCCCGCUACAUCCGCCAGUUCCCCUACUGCAACGCCUUCCAGCCGCCCCCCGAGGCCAGGCUCCCGCCCACCCGUGGCUCCAACCGCGCCGACCUGGUGACGCCGCCCUACGAUGCCAACGUCGUCUUCGAGUGCAAGUACGAGCUCGACUCUCUCGCCGCCUUUCUGCAGCUGUCGUGGGACUACUACCAAGCCACCCACGAUGCCGCCUUUUUCGCAAAGUUCCACUGGGCCGCCGCCGUCAAGGCCAUCCUCAAGCUGGCCCGCGGCAUGAUGCAGGGCACCUAUGCCGACGACGGCACCGUCAACCCAUCCCCCUACACCUGGCAACGCGACGCGACGAGCGCCACCGAGACCGUGUCCAACAAAGGCGCUGGCAACCCCGUCGCCGGCAACCUCGGCCUCGUGCGCAGCUUCUUCCGCCCGUCGGACGACUCCACCAUCUACCAGUACCUGGUCCCCGCCAACAUCAUGUUCUCUCGCUUCCUCACCCGGUGCGCCGCCAUCAUGGAGCCCAUCGACGCCGACCUGGCUGCCGAGAUGGACACCAUGGCCAAUGGCAUCGCCGCCGCCAUCCAGAGGCACGCCGUUGUCAAGCACCCUCGAUACGGCAACGUCUACGCCUUUGAAGUCGACGGCUUCGGCUCGUCAAACCUCAUGGACGACGCCAACGUCCCUUCCCUGCUCAGCAUCCCCCAUCUCGGCUUCAAGCCCGCCUCGGACCCCUUGUACCGGCGCACCCGCGACUUUGUCCUCAGCCCCUCAAACCCCUACUUUGGCCGCGGCCCCGUCCUCAACGCCACCGGUGGCCCGCACCUCGGCCCCGGCAUGGCCUGGCCCAUGGCCGUCAUCAUGCAGACCAUGACGUCGGACAACGACGACGAGAUUGUUGGCGGCAUCAAGCAGCUCAUGGGCUCCACCAGCGGCUUAGGCCUGAUUCACGAGUCCGUUAAUACUCACAAUGAGGUUACGUGGACGAGAUCUUGGUUUGCUUGGGCGAAUGGGCUCUUUGGUCAGAUGAUCUUGGAUCUCUUGGAAAGGAAACCCGAGCUGUUGAAAAGGAGCUUUCAGGCUUGA